AUGCGCGCCGCCUCCUCCAGCCAGGUGGCUCCUCCGCCGCCGCCCACAGCCGAGCGGGACGCGCUCCUCGCCCGCCACGGCCCGGCCCCUGGCAACGCCAAGCCUGCCCUCCGCCCCGAAACGAGCCCGCCUUCCAGCUUCCGGCUUCGCGGGACAAGAAACCGCGGCAACCAGCCGCCAACGGCCGUCUCUAAGAUACCGCGCUGGGAGGAGAAGAAGGGAAACUACAACGCCCACAAAGCAAGGAGGGGCCCGCAAGGGCUCAGAACGCGGAAGCUUGCGCUUGGCAUGCUGGGAGUUGUGGUUUUUAGUAGCUCGCCGAGGCGUUUCGGUUUUAAUUAG